UAGUCAGUCAGUCGUGCCAGCGAGCCGGUCGCGUUAAAAUCGUAACCGAGAAAGUAUACGUGCAACAUUGUGUGAAAGGUAGAUUCGAAAACCGCCGGUUAUAGCGAUCGGUUGGUUAUCGUUUCUCCCAUAUUUAAUUAACGUAUAUAAAGUUUAUUAAAACGAGUGAGAACAUUGAUUGAUCGAAACUCAAUGGGAGAAGAAAAAAAAAAAAAGAAAAAAAAGUGUAUAAUAUUAUAGUGUUAUCGUGAAUUGAUUUGUUCUUUUUUUCACGCACAUAUAUUUUUUUAACGGAGCUCAGAAAAGAUUCGAGUUUUUCGAGUCGUCAAGGCACGUUUUUAAGAGUUGGCGAUGUCCUGCGGUGAUCCACCGCUGCGGUGAAAGUAAAAGCCGGUGCGCGUUGCUGCUGCUGCUGCGGUGUUCGUUUUAGUCGCACGUCGCCCUCUUUGCCGAGGUGUCUCGUUAUCGUUAUCGUGAAAGUUGCGACGAGGUCGCAACGUGUCGUUGUCCCCCCCCUCCACCACCCUCUUCGCCCACCCACCCUCUCUCUCUCUCUCUCUCUCUUUCUCUCUUACUCCAAUCCCAAUCUAAUCCAACAGGACGAGAAAGGAUCUUAUUAGUGUUUGAGGAUAAGCCAUUUUAUUUCCUUCUCUCACUUUCCUUCUUUCUCUUUUUUCUCUCUCUCUCUCUCUCUCUCUCUCUCUUUUCUUUCUUUCUCUUUUUCUUUCUGACUCAUAAGAGAACGUUUUAUCCUUUCUUUUCCUCACCCACAUCUUCGUGAGUUUAAUAUACUACAGGCCGUAGAGCGGAGGACAUCAGGGCCGUAUAACCCGAAAAUGACCGUGGUUAUGGAGGAAACGAAUACCUUUGUAAUGUGGCCGUCGCGUUUGAAGAUCGGUGCAAAAUCGAAAAAAGAUCCACACAUAAAGGUCGCAGGUCGUCCAGAUGACGUGCGAACAGCUAAGGAAAAGAUAAUGGAGAUUCUAGACACUAGGCAAAACAAUAUAGUGACCAUGAAAAUGGAUGUCAGUUAUACCGACCAUUCACACAUUAUCGGAAAGGGUGGACUGACGAUUAAACGAGUGAUGGAGGAAACUGGAUGCCACAUUCAUUUCCCAGAUAGUAACCGCAGUAAUCAUCAAGAGAAGAGCAAUCAAGUUUCCAUUGCUGGAGAAAUCGAUGGCAUUGAGCGCGCCCGUGCACGAGUUAGGAAUCUUACGCCGUUGAUAUUUUCUUUUGAAUUGCCAAUAAUGGGAGCAUCACAACGUACUCCGGACGCGACUUCGCCUUACGUAGUAAAGAUACAAGAGAAAUACAACGUUCAAGUGAUGCUACGUACCAGACCGAAAUUGCACGCCACGUUGGUUCUCGUCAAGGGUUGCGAGUGGGAAGUUUCGCAAGUAAAGGAGGCGACCAUACUCUUGAUUCACUAUAUGUGCGAAAACUUAGCUAGUCAAAUUCAAGUACAAAUGUCGAUGGAGAUAUCGCCGCAUCAUCACAGCAUUGUUCUUGGUAAAUCAAGUAGCAAUCUUAAGAUGAUAAUGCAGAGAACAUCGACACAAAUCAUGUUUCCCGAUGCCAGCGAUCCGAAUAUUCCUAGUUUGAAAAAGAGCAAUGUUACUAUUAUCGGUGGUAUUCACAAUGUUUACUUGGCCCGGCAACAAUUGGUCGGAUCUCUACCACUGGUACUUAUGUUCGAUGUCCCUAAGGAUUACAUGUCGUCGAUCGAUACAGAAACAAUUUCACAAUUGAUGCAAUCCCUCGACGUGUUCAUAAACGUGAGGCACAAGCCAAAGCAAAGUACAUUUUCCGUGAUUAUCAAGGGAAUCGAAAGAAAUGCCAGCAACAUUUACGAAGCCAGAAAACAACUUCUUGGCUUGGAGGAGCCAAGAGUUAAUGCUGAAAUACCAACCACUUAUCACAUUCCAAAUGCUGGCAAUAUUUUUCAAGGAAACGCCACGAAUGGUAACGGUACGAAUGCUAUCAAUUGUGGUAUACCGGAGAGUUUGUCGAACAUGUUGACCGUGAACACACAGAAUUUACCAUGCUGUGUUUCUCCAAUGUCACAUUCACCUAAUCCAAUGGGACUUUCACCACAUUGGAGUUUACCACCAAUUCCGUCCAUGUUUUCAUCGUUACCAAUUCAUCAUCCAUAUCCUUACGGGCAUUUAAAUCACCUGUUAACGACGCAGCACAUGAUGCACAACAACAUGAUGGCCCAUUCUCACGGAAUAUCGAAUCAUAUCCUGAAUGAUAUUGGACAAAUUCAUCCUACUUUAUCGACAGGCUUGCAUGGAAUUCAUGGAAUGGCAAAUAGUUUGUCGGAUAGCAAGGAAGGCAGUGCUUAUUCCUCAUUGAGUAGCGUUUCAAGCUCUUUGUCUAGUCCAGCUAUUAGCCCUAGAAAUUUAUCACCGGUGAAUCCAACAGUGACUAAUCCUAAUUUAGACUUGUCGAGUAUGCUAUCAGAUCUCUCGGUGUCCGAUCGUCGAGCACCAGGCUGUGAAAAGAAAUCGUUAGAGAUGGCCGCCCAACAGAAUCUUACGCCUUCCGAUUACGAGCAGAAGAAGAUGAUGGCCGUUCUAGCUGUACAAAAUAAACCAAACACUUCGGAGUAUCGAGUACCAACGUCGACUUGGUCAGGUUAUGGUCUGAGUCAGACUAUUGCUCCGUUAUCAUCGACUGAACUGAACAAGGAGUUGUCUUCGUCUGAUCCAUUCUACUUAUGGGAAGAACCAAUGACACCUGUGUUAAAUACAAACAUGGACUUUGGUAUCGGCUCGAGUAAAGAUCGGAUUGGUCAAAUCGGUUCUACUUCGAAUUACAUGGAUCACACACCGACCUCGCAUUUAAAAAAGAUAACAUCCCAACGAUAUACCGAUCUUGCUAGUAUGUUAACAAGCGUUGGCCUUGAGAAAUAUAAUCGCCUGUUCACGUCGCACGAAGUGGACAUGGCUACGUUUCCAUCACUGACGGAAAAGGACCUCUGCGAGAUCGGAAUAAGUGCUUGGGGUGCAAGACGUAAAAUAAUGCUAUUGAUUUCGGAAAUGAACAAACGAAGUAAUCCAUUUAGCGGUAGCGCUGCACCAGGUGCGGAACGAAAAGCAACCGCAUCGACAGCGGCGGCAUCCACGUCUCUCGAGAAAUGCACGCUCGAUACCAAAUGGUAAAGGAAGAUGCAACAAGUGAAGUAUAUAAAUGAAAGGAAAAAAAAAAAAAGAAAAAAGAAAAAAAAAAGAAAGAAAGAAGGAAAGAAAACAAAACUAUGUAACACAGGUAACACAAGUAACGCGGACGUCAUACGUAAACGAUAAUAAUCGUAUGCGUCGAGAAAACGACCCGGAAUUAUGAGACAGGGUAAAAAUCAAAUAGGGAAAAAGAAAAAAGAAAAAAAAUAUAAUGAAAGAAACAGAAUAAUAAUAUUGCAAAUUCGAACAUAGAAAUGAAAAUAUUUACGAGGAAAAAUUCAAUUCGAACGGACAUGAUUCGUCGUUAUUUGAAUUACAACGAUGGGGAUUAAAUUCGAUCAUGUUAGGUAUCCUCCUAGUUCGUGAAAUGAUAUAAUUUCAAGAAGACGAAUCUAUCCGACUCGGCGGACAAGAGCACUCUGACCGAAAGUAAUUACGAAGAAAUAGAAAAGAAAAGAAAAGAAAAGAAAGGAAGAACGGGGAUUGAAAAAUACGAAACGAAAAGAAAACUUAUAUAACAA